GCUGACACAAGCAAGACAAGUUUCUGUGUUUAGGGAAGCUUGGGGGCUCAGCUCCUUUUACUUCAGGAGAGACUGAACUCAAUUAAUGCAGUUUUAGAAGCAUGGCCUGAAUGAUUCAGUCAUUAUCAAGUCAAACUAAAAAACAAAACGGUGAAAGGUUGCUCCCCUUACCAAAUAGGAAAAAUCCCUGAAGAAUAAAACAACACACAAGGAACAUGUCAAUUGGCAUCUUCACUGUUUGAGCCCUACAGAAGACAAUGAGAAGUCACAUGGUAACAAUGAUGACUACUUCAAUCAGCAACUGGUCAUACUUCUCCCAUGGAACACGCUUUAUAACUAAUCACAGCAACCAAUCGGCACAAAACUUCUCAGGAGCGUCAAAUGUCACCACCUGUUUUAUGGAUGAAAAAUUACUAUCUAGUGUGCUAACAACAUUCUACUCUAUUAUUUUCAUUGUGGGACUGGUUGGGAACAUAAUUGCCCUCUAUGUAUUUCUGGGUAUCCACCGCAAAAGAAAUUCCAUUCAAAUUUAUCUACUUAAUGUAGCCAUUGCAGACCUCCUACUCAUCUUCUGCCUCCCUUUCCGAAUAAUGUAUCACAUUAACCAAAACAAGUGGACACUAGGUGUGAUUCUUUGCAAGGUUGUGGGAACGCUAUUUUAUAUGAACAUGUACAUUAGUAUUAUUUUACUUGGAUUCAUCAGUUUGGAUCGCUACAUAAAAAUUAAUCGGUCUGUACAACAACGGAAAGCAUUAACAACCAAACAAAGUAUUUAUGUUUGCUGUACAGUAUGGGCAAUUGCUCUUGGUGGAUUUUUAACUAUGAUUAUCUUAACACUUAAGAAAGAAGGGCAUAAUUCCACAAUGUGUUUCCAUUAUAGAGAUAAGCAUGAUGCAAAAGGAGAAGCAAUUUUUAACUUCAUUCUUGUGGUAAUGUUCUGGCUAAUUUUCCUACUAACAAUCCUUUCAUAUAUUAAGAUUGGCAAGAAUCUAUUGAGGAUUUCUAAAAGGAGGUCAAAAUUUCCUAAUUCUGGUAAAUAUGCCACAAUAGCCCGGAAUUCCUUUAUUGUACUUAUCAUUUUUACUAUAUGCUUUGUUCCUUAUCACGCCUUUCGAUUCAUCUACAUUUCUUCACAGCUAAAUAUGUCAUCUUGCUACUGGAAGGAUAUUGUUCACAAAACCAAUGAGAUCAUGCUGGUUCUCUCGUCUUUCAAUAGUUGCCUAGAUCCAGUCAUGUACUUCCUGAUGUCCAGUAACAUCCGCAAAACAAUGUGCCAACUGAUUUCUAGACGAUUUCAAGGGGAAGCAAGCAGGAGUGAAAGCACCUCAGAAUUUAAACCAGGAUACUCCCUGCAUGAUACAUCUGUUGGAGUUAAAAUUUAGUCUACUUCUCAAAGUACUUGAGCUAAACUAUUAAAAACAAUGAUAAAAAAACAGCUCUUAAUUCCUUGAAGAACUAAACAAGUAUGAAACAAAGCUCUAGCAUUUACAAAACUCAGAUAUUCUCAAAGCUCUUUUCUUACUUGUGGUAUUUCAUUGGCUUAAUUGUAAAAUAUUUCAAGGGAAAGAAAACCUUAUAGUCAUCAUUAGAUUUUAAAUGUUAUGUAAAAUCUUUGAAAAAUUGUUAACCUAACACUUUUAAUAUAGAUUAUAAGGUUAAGUGAAAUUCAUGGCUUUAACAAUAAAAUAAAGAAAAUGUCAGUUUCUAAUGUCACUAAAGUAGUUAUUAAAAUCAAGCACAUGAUACUAAUUUAAAGGGUGUGUAAAGUAAGAGUUAAAUGCUUUGAGGGCCUACUUAAAAUGUCAGAAAAUAUAUGUCCGUUUGACAUUUUAAAAGCUUGUAUAAUUUGCCAGUGUAUCCAUUUGUGCCCAGGCCUAUCCAGUGAAAUGAUAAUUAACAAAAUUCCAAUACAAAAGAAUGAAAUCACCCACUAUCUAUCACUACUUAGAAAGAAAUAGAAAGAAUUUAAAUAUUGUACAGUAAAAUCAAACAACAGAUGAGUUAAGAAUCCAAUAGCCUAGCAACAGGACUUAAAACUUCACCUUACAACAGAUUUAUGAACAAUUCAGCCAUCUUGGACCAUGCUUUGUAAAACGCCUAGCAAAAUUGAAGAUGUGCAUGCCCUAUGAUCCAGCACGUCCACAACCAGGUAUAUAUCUUAUAGAAUCACUCAACUAUGUACAUGAGAAAGCAUAUGUAACAAUGCUCAGUGAACUACUUUUCAUAAUACUAAACAAUUUGAGACAACCUAAUUAACCAUCCAUCGGCAAAAGGACAGAGAAAUAAACGCUAGUUUAUUCACAAAAUGGCAUACUACACAGCACUUCAAAUAAGUGAACUACAUCUGCAUGCAUCAACAUGGGCAGGUCUCAAAAACAAUGUUGAGUAAAACCAAAAAACCACACUGCCAAAGGGUAUGUAUCUUCUGUAAACCUACAAUUUCUCUAAUAAAAAAUAAAUUUUAAAAAGGGUAUGUAAUACAUGAAAUCAUUUAUAUAAAAUAGAAAAACAUAUAAGACAAUACCAUGUUCCUUAUGGAGCUAUACUUAUGCAAUAAAAAUACAAAACAUGCAUGGUAAUAUACACCACGUACAACCUCAAGUUAAUGGUUACUCUGGAGAGAUUUGAAGCAAACAUGGCAAAAUGUUAAGGCCUGUUAAACCAGGGUGUUAGGUACAUAGGUGUUUAUUAUAUUAUUUUUGGUACAUUUCUGGAUGUUUGAAAUAUUUCAUAAGACAAAGAAAACCUGUAGAUUAAAAUUAAGUGAAUGAAUGAGACAGGAAGGAAGAGAGGGAGGGAUGCUUAAAAGAAUAAUGAAACAGUGGGUGUACCUGGCUUUUUUCUAGCCAAUCUGUCUGAAUAUAGCUGUACGGAACUUCAAUUAAAUUGCAUUCUUGGAUGUAUCACUAAGGCAACCUUUCUCAAAAGUUUGGCUCAUAUAGGCAUUUGUCUAGUUAUUUGGUCAAACAGAGAACUGGAAUUCUGUUACCUAAAUAUAUAAAAGUCUGUUAUGAUAAACUCCAAGGAUCCAUCCAUUCAUCAAUCACGGAGUAUGAGAAGUUCUUAUAGUCAAAAUACUUCUUAAAACCUAAUUUAGGUCAUUGGCUGGGAAAUCAUUGUUAAAGAGCAUGAAGAUUCUUGUUAGAGUUGAAUUAAUUUUAAUGAGAUUGGCUUGUAUUACUUAAUAUUUCAGUAAGUGCACACAAUUGGUUGAAUGAAGAAUAGUCAAGGCAGAAUUAUAUUUAAAAAACAGGCAAUAUCUGAGAAUAAAAAUUGAAAUUUGCAGGAAAACUAGGCUCAAAAACAAGUAAUAAAAUUAUGUUAAUUACCUUGUCCUAAUAAAUACCACCUAACUGAAAUCAUCAUUUAUUUGUAUGAUUUUAAAAUAUGAAAAUAUUGAUCUUCCCUCAUGUCCUCAAAAUUAAAAGAAAAUUAUUGGUAGAUGUGCUGGUUUGAAGCUGUUAUGUACCCCAGAAAACACCAUGUUCCCAUGUUCUUUUACUCCAUCCUGUGGGUACAGACCUAUUGUGGGUGGGGCGUUUUGGUUAGGUUGCUUCAAUUGGGAUGUAACCCACCCAAUUCAAGGCGGGUCUUAGUCCUUUACUGGAGUCCUUUGUGAAGAGGUUAAAAGACAGUAAAAGCCCAGAGAGCUUAGACAGAAAUGCUCAAAGGCAUUU